UUUUACACGGCGGCAUAUUAGAACGUGUUGACGCGAAUAAGAUAGUAGUCAAAAAGUCAAAAGUAGUAAAAUAGCAAAAACCAAAUUUUUUAGAACAUUUGUUUUUUAAAUGGCAACAUCAUGUCGUUGUAAUGGGAAAUUAAAGGAAGAUUUGUUAACGAUUAUUGUACAAUCGUGAAGUCAAAUUUUUGAAGUAAUCGCGUUUUGUGCGUGAAGCCAACUUACCAUUUAAUAUCGAAAAUGACGUGUUGGAAGAUGAUCUUGUUUUUGAUAGAAUUAUCUUUACUACCUCGCAAUUAUCUGUCGGAAAUUAUCAUAACGACGCGUAAUGAUUUUGAAUUUGAGGACAUUGACUCAGAGACAGCCGAUGAAUUGAACUGGAUAAAACAUCCGUGUCGACGUAAUUGCAAAGAUGAAGCAUCACCGAUGAAAUGUCGUUAUGUCUUUAGGUUAGAGACUUAUCAUACAAUGAGCAAAGCGUGCUAUGACUGCCCAUUUAACAUCACGGAUUGCUUUCGUGAACAUUGUAUUCCAGCAGAUGGUAUCGAAAGAUCAAUUUUGGUAGUUAAUCGGCAAAUGCCUGGACCGCCUAUCGAGGUGUGCCAAGGUGAUAAGAUAAUAGUCGAUGUAAUAAAUUUAUUACAUUCCGAGAGUACAACGAUACACUGGCAUGGUCAGCAUCAUAUAAAAACACCGUACAUGGAUGGUGUUCCUUACGUAUCUCAGUGUCCGAUUUUACCGGGUUCAACUUUUCGUUACGAUUACGUUGCCACGGAAGUAGGCACACAUUUUUGGCAUUCUCAUUUAGGUUUUCAACGAGGUGAUGGAGUGUUUGGUGCAUUAAUUGUACGUGCACCUCCGAAAGUCAAUGGGCAUAAUCAUUUAUAUGAUAUUGACGAACACACUAUCUUGAUUUCGGAUUGGACUCACGAAUUAGGAAUCGAUAAAUUUUUAAGCCAUCAUCAUGCAGAUGGGAAUAAUAAACCACCUAAUCUAUUGAUUAAUGGUUUGGGUCGUUUUAUGGUUGAUCAAAACGGAAAAAACGUAUCUGCUAUUAUGCCGAUCGCAACAUUUACUGUUAAACGGAAUAAAAGAUACAGGUUUAGGCUUAUUAACGCCGAGUUUCUCAAUUGCCCAAUCGAAUUAUCGAUUGAUAAUCAUACUAUGAAUAUAAUUAGCACAGAUGGACGUGAUAUUGAACCUGUCAAAGCGGAAUCUUUAGUAAGCUAUGCUGGCGAAAGAUUCGAUUUUAUCGUUGAAACAAAUCAAAACGUGGAUAACUUCUGGAUACGAUUUCGUGGAUUAAUGGAUUGUGAUGAAAGAUUCACCAAAGCUUAUCAAAUUGCUAUAUUACGAUAUGAAGGUGCAAUGGAAGAAGAUCCAAACGGUACAGUCACGUACGAACGCGAAUUCAAUAAUUUCAUAGGUCGGCGAAUAAAUGCUUUAAACGAGGGUACAGAAACUAAUAAAAGUAUCAGCAUUCCUUUAUUAAAGGCCAUGGAUAAAAAUGAUAAAUCGAAUACUGCACAUCCUGAUUAUCAAUUUUAUGUAUCUUAUGACUUCUACAAGAAAGAUAAUCCUCAUUUCCAUCGUAGAAAACUUUAUGGAUUUAAUCAAGUGAAGAAUACGAAGAGAGUACUCACUCCUCAAUUAAAUCACAUCUCAAUGAAGUUACCAUCUAUUCCUUUGUUAUCUCAAAGGGAUUUCAUUGAUUCGAAUCAAUUUUGUAAUGCGAGUACUGUUCAAGGUUGCGUAGAAGAUUACUGUGCUUGCACUCACGUGCUCCGGGUAAAACUUGGCAGUGUGGUAGAAAUAAUAUUGGUGGAUGAAGGCUUUGCUUAUGAUGCAAAUCACCCAUUUCAUCUCCAUGGCUAUCAAUUUCGUGUAAUUUCAAUGAAAAGAGUGGGCAAAAAUAUCACUGUUGAUCAAGUGAAAGCAUUAGAUAAAAAAGGAGCAAUACAACGAAAUCUUGACCGAGCUCCGUUAAAAGACACCGUAACGGUACCUGACGGUGGUUAUACUAUUAUGCGAUUUUACGCUGAUAAUCCUGGCUAUUGGCUGUUCCAUUGUCACAUUGAAUUUCAUGCGGAAGUCGGAAUGUCAUUAAUCUUUAAAGUUGGUGAACAUGAAGAUAUGUUACCAGUUCCACGUAAUUUUCCUUUAUGCGGUAAUUGGCAACCCGAAGAUAUACAACCUGAACAAAAUACUGCGAACAUUUUAUUAAAGGCUAUGGAAAACACUAUGGAAGAAACUUCAAACAUUAUGAUGGAUAAAACUACUGAAAACGAUAUACAACAAUUCAUAAAGAUGUUACUGCAGGUUUCAAGAAUAUUGCAAAUCUCAUCUUCCACCACCACUACCAUUAUUUCCAAUUCUUUGUUAUAUUUUUGUUCUUGGAUAACUAUAAUCUAUAAAUUUGUGUAAAUAUAAAGCGCCUAUAUACAACAAUUGUUUAAUAUAUUUGUUAGAUCUAUGUAAGCGAUUGAUGCAAGAAUAUGUAAUAUAGUUU